GCCCUCAUCCUGGAACCUCCCUCCCCUGGUCCUAGACAGAAGCAGAAGAAAGUCUCCUAUCUGAGCCAGCCUCUGGAUGUCCUGCUGGAGGGGUGGUGAUGGAGGAGGUGAUUUUCACAAGUCCUCUGCGCUGAGGGCUGAGGCAAGGGGAGUAGGAUGGACAGUGUGUCCAUCUGUCAGCAAGCCAUCCCCUGAGUCCCCAUUGGCCAUGGGUGGCAGGGCAGUGGGAAGAAGAGGGAAAGGAGAGGAGGCCCCAUCCACUGAAAGUACCAAGUGCAGUAAGUGGGCUAUUUCAGUGGGGGUGGGGGGAGUGAUGUGCAGAGCGAGGGAGCUGGGUGCCUCUGAGUCAGUCCAGUCAGGCUAGCUGUGGGAAAGGCUCGUUGGCGUUUAGACAAGCAGACCUUCCGUGAUUAUCUCAGCUUCACUGCGGAGGACCCUGAAGAAAAAAUGGCUUAUUCUGAGGAGCAAGGAGGUGUCCCCUGUGGUUUCAUCCGCCAAAAUUCUGGCAACUCCAUUUCCUUGGACUUUGAGCCCAACACAGAGUACUGGUUUGUGGAGCAAUUAGAAGAACGCUACAAAUGUGCCUUCUGCCACUCCGUGCUGCACAACCCCCACCAGACAGGCUGUGGGCACCGCUUCUGUCAACACUGUAUCCUGUCCCUGAGAGAAUUAAAUGCAGUCCCCCUCUGUCCUGUAGAUAAGGAGGUUAUCAGAUCUCAGGAGGUGUUCAAAGACAAUUGCUGUAAAAGGGAAGUCCUCAAUUUAUAUGUGUACUGCAAAAAUGCUCCUGGAUGUAAUGCCAAGAUUAUUCUGGGACGCUACCAGGACCACCUCCAGCAGUGCCUGUUUCAAGCUGUGCAGUGUUCUAAUGAGAACUGUCAGGAACAAGUCCUUCGGAAAGAUCUGAAAGAACAUUUGAGCGCACGUUGCCAUUUUCGAGAGGAAAAGUGCCUUUAUUGCAAAAAAGAUGUGGUAGUAAUCAGUCUGCAGUAUCAUGAGGAAAACCUGUGUCCCGAGUACCCAGUAUCUUGUCCCAAUAAGUGUUUGCAGAUUAUUCCAAGAACUGAGGUGGAUGAGCACCUUGCUGUGUGUCCUGAAGCUGAGCAAGACUGUCCCUUCAAGCACUACGGCUGUACUGUGAAGGAUAAACGGGGGGUCCUGCAGGAGCACGAGCAUUCAGCCUUACGGGACCACAUGCUUCUGGUUUUAGAAAAGAACUUCCAGUUAGAAGAACAGAUUUCUGAUUUAUAUAAGAGCCUAGAGCAGAAAGAAAGUAAAAUCCAGCAGCUAGCAGAAACUGUAAAGAAAUUCGAAAAGGAGUUCAAGCAGUUUGCACAGAUGUUUGGCAAAAAUGGAAGCUUCCUCUCAAACAUCCAGGCUCUCUCCAGUCACAUUGACAAGUCAGCUUGGCUAGAAGCUCAAGUGCGCCAGCUACUGCAGACGGCCAACCAGCAACAAAGUAAAUUUGAUCUGAGGGCUUUGGUGGAAGCGAUUGAUACGGUGAAACAGAAAAUCACUCUGCUAGAAACCAAUGAUCAAAGACUAGUUGUUCUGGAAGGGGAGACUAGCAAACACGAUGCCCACAUUAAUAUCCACAAAGCCCAACUGAAUAAAAAUGAAGAGCGAUUUAAGCUGCUAGAAGGGGCCUGCUAUAAUGGCAAGCUCAUCUGGAAGGUGACAGACUAUAAGAUGAGGAAGAGGGAGGCGCUGGACGGGCACACGGUGUCCAUCUUCAGCCAGCCCUUCUACACCAGCCGGUGCGGCUACCGGCUCUGCGCUAGAGCGUACCUGAACGGCGACGGCUCCGGGAAGGGCACACACCUGUCGCUGUACUUCGUGGUGAUGCGAGGGGAGUUUGACUCCCUGUUGCAGUGGCCGUUCAGGCAGAGGGUGACCCUGAUGCUUUUGGACCAGAGCGGCAAAAAGAACCACAUCAUGGAGACCUUCAAGGCCGACCCCAGCAGCAGUAGCUUUAAAAGACCUGACGGGGAAAUGAACAUUGCGUCUGGCUGUCCCCGCUUCGUGGCGCACUCCACUUUGGAGAAUACCAAGAACACCUACAUCAAAGACGACACCAUGUUCCUGAAGGUGGCUGUGGAUUUAACUGACCUGGAGGACCUCUAGUCCCUGUGUGGGGUGAUGAAGGGCGUGCGGGGCCAGGACCACGGUGGAGGAUACCUGUGAUUAUCAUAUGGAUGGACCAGAGCUCAGUACACAUUUGUAGGGGCUUGUCGCGCCUGAUGUUUGAAGUCAGUUUAAAAACUUCUCAAGCGCUAUCUGCUUUUUGCAUUUUACUCUGUCCCAUUUUGAAACUCAAAACACUUAGACUAUCCUCUCAUUAUUUAUAUGUUUAUCUCUCUUAAAAGAUGUCAGGUUUCUUGAAAGCGAGGUCUGGGGCCUCUCUCUUUUACUGGUGCUUGGCAUGGUGUCUCAGAGCAGGCACUGUGUGGGAUGUUACCGAGGACACAGAGGAAGAAUUGAAAAUGCCCCAGCAUUUUAUUAUUUGGCCUGCUGAUUCUAGACCUGACCGUGAGCCUGCAAAAGCCAUCUUUCAGGAUAGGCUGUCCCCAUUACACAGUUGGGUGGUGUGCUUUCAAAGACAGUAGGCCUGGUUUGGACCAGAUUUUAUUUGGUCCAGUACUAAAUUUGUGGAAAUUACUAUGCCUCUAAACAUUUUCAUUAAAAAUUACCAGUAGUCAGCAAGUACAGUUUUGCAAGGCUGCAUUAG